AUGGACAAUUUACCGGCGGGGUUUGACAAGGAUCUGUUAAAGGCGGCACUGGCAUCGCUACGCGAUGAGGACAGUAGCGGCAGCGGGGGCGGGGGAAUGGAGUUGACGGACGAUUUGGUCUCCCGCGUGGGGCAGCGCCUGCAGCACCUGCAGGCCCUCGCCGCCGCGCGGGCGCCGCCCAAGUCCCCUGCACUUGCGCCCAACUCCCCCGCAGUUGCGCCCAAUUCCCCCGCUGUAGCUGCGCGUGACGGUCAAGGGGGAAGUGUGUUGGGUUCCCCCGCCCCACAGGCGUUGGAGGCUCAAAGAGUGGAUCAAGGGGAGCAGGCGGAACAAGGCCGUAACGAGUUCGGCGCGGAUGGCGCAGGGGAUCAUAAUGCUGGAGACGCCGAACCAAUCGGGGACUCGCAGCGUGCUGUAGCGCAUACGGGGCCCGCUAUAGCGGACACUGGGCGGAAGGAUCAUGAGGGGGCGGAUGGUGAAGGGGGAGCGGGGACAGACGGGGCGAAAGACGCGCAGGGCGGAAGCUCGGAGGCGGGCGGAGCGGAACAGACAGGACAGGAGGGCGGGGAGGGAACAGCGCCCCUGGCCGCGGGAGACGCGAAUGGGGGCCUAGUCAAAAGGGCUGGGGAAGGUGAAGGGGAAGGGGCGGAGGGCGCGAUGGGCGGAAUUUCCAGUGCGCCAGUUGCGCAGACGAACACUGCUCCGGUAGCGGGAGCGGUGGCGCACGCGGAUGAGGAGAAGGCGGAGAAGAUUGUGUUGGCGGGAUACAGCAACGACCGCGACCAGCGAAGCAACGAUCACGAACAUCAACAUGCACAGGGGCACGCGCAAGGGCACGCGCAAGGGCACGCGCAAGGGCACGCGCAAGGGUACGCGCAAGGGCAUGCGCAAGGGCAUGCGCAUGGGCAAGCGCAUGGGCAAGGGCAAGAGCAGGGGCAAGGGCUAGGCGCGAGCCUCCAGCUGCCGUCCACCGCUGGCGCGCAGGAUAUAGCGCACGCUGCGGGGGAAAACAAUAGCCCCGCGCAGGCCGCAGGGGUGCAAGCGGGCGGAGAAGCGGCAACGGGACGCGGAACCGACUCUUUUGCAGAAGAGAGACCGGGGAACGGGGGGGCGGGCGGGGAAGGGUCGGAUGGGAUGGGCGGAGAAGGGGGGGACGGCGGAGAGGACGAGGAUUCGGAAGAGGGCGUGGAGAAGGAGGCGAGCCGCAUGCUGUCGUCGCAGUACCGCGGGGUGGUGCCGCAGCCCAACGGGCGGUGGGGCGCGCAGAUCUACGAGAAGCACAGCCGCGUGUGGCUCGGCACGUUCAACGGCGAGGAGGACGCGGCGCGCGCUUACGACCGCGCCGCGCUCAAGUUCCGAGGGAGGGAUGCGAUGACGAACUUUCGGCCGAUGCCCGAGUCGCACCCCGAGAUCUGCUUCAUCAUGUCGCAGCCCAAAGAGAAGGUGCGCUCCCUCACUCGCCGCUCCCGCUCCCACAUGCUCCGCCCCCCGCCUCCCUCCCUCCGGCCUCCUCCCCCCGCGCUCCUCCCCCCCACUUCCUCCCCUCUGCCUCUUCCCCCACCGCGCUUUUUCCGCCUUUCGACCUGCCUGUCAAAUGUUUCUGCCCUCGUCCCGCUCUGCGCCCUGCGCCAUGCGCCAUCUCUCUUCCCCCACGUCGUAUGCCGUCUGAUUCUUCCCCUUUCUCCUGCCCCCAUCCCCGCCACUCUCCCCCAUCCAAAUCCACGUCCCCGCGCGCAGCUGGUGGACAUGCUGCGCAAGCACACAUUCGAGAAUGGACUUACCGAGUCGACUCCAGAUUUAACAUGCACCCCCACUUUUUCCCCGCUUCCCCACUUCUCCUCCCCUCGCUGCGCGCAGCUGGUGGACAUGCUGCGCAAGCACACGUUCGAGGAAGAACUCGCCAACGCGAACCUUGCGGAAGCCGCCACGUCUCCGCCUGCGCAGCCCAACGCGCACGCGCUCGCGCUCCCCGCGCCUUCCACGCAGCAUGGGCAAGGGCAGGGCGCGCUGAUGCUGCCGACGCAGGGACAGGCGCAUCCCCACGACCCCCCUUACCCUGGACAUUCCCCGCUCUCGCUUCCGCCAUCCGCGCAUCUCCACCCCGCGUCCUCCGGUUUCCCCGCCGGUUCCUCCCCCUCUGCGCCGCUCGGCCCAGGUCGCCCCGCGCAAGACGGCGCGGGGACGCCCCUCCGCAUCGUUGGGAGCGCCGGCGCUCCCGCAGGCGCGGGAAUGGGUGGCGGGCGGGAACUGGGGUUCCCCGCUGCGGACGCGGCGCAGUCAGGCGGAGGGGGGUUCCAUGGGGGAGGGGGCGGAGCAGGGGGAGGAGCGGGACCAGGCGGGUAUGGCGGAGGGGCCGGCCAGGUGAUGGGGGCAGCCGGGGGAGGCGCAAUGGCAGGAUCGAUGGGGGGAGGCAUGGGCGGAGCGAUGGGCGGAGGCGGCGGGGGCGGGGGUGGCGGGGGUGGCGUGAGCAUGGCGGGGAAGGAGCAUCUGUUUGAGAAGGCGGUGACGCCGAGCGACGUGGGGAAGCUGAACCGGCUGGUGAUUCCCAAGCAGCACGCGGAGCGCUGCUUCCCGCUCGACCCCAACCUGCCCACGCCCGCCAUGACUCUCUCGUUUGAGGAUGAAGCUGGGAAACACUGGCGCUUCCGCUGGGAAACUCUGGCGCUUCCGGUGAGAUCCGCGCCCACUUGCAUAGCGACAGUUUUAGCCGUAGCCGUAGCCUUCCUGCUCGACCCCGACCUGCCCACGCCCGCCAUGAUGCUCUCCUUCGAGUACGAAGCUGGCAAACUCUGGCGCUUCCGGUCCUCGUAUUGGAACAGCAGUCAGAGCUACGUGCUGACCAAGGGGUGGAGCCGCUUCGUCAAGGAAAAGCUAUUGGUAUUCGUACUGGAACAGCAGUCAGAGCUACGUGUUGACCAAGGGGUGGAGCCGCUUCGUCAAGGAGAAGCUUCUAGUCCCGGGGGACAUCGUCUACUUCCACAGGGGCACCUUUUCAGGCGCCUCAACACUCCCGCCACACCCCCAUCCCCCUCUCGCCCACGCAGGUACUCGUAUUGGAACAGCAGUCAGAGCUACGUGUUGACCAAGGGGUGGAGCCGCUUCGUCAAGGAAAAGCUGCUCGUCCCGGGAGACAUAGUCUACUUUCACAGGGGCACCGCGGGUGACCUCUUUAUAGGCUUCCGCCGCCGCCCCGCGCAGGGCUUCGCGCCCUCCGCCGCCGCAUCCAGCGGGGGCGCGGGCGCCGCGCUGGGCUCCGCGGACGGGGCGCAAGACGACCCCAUGGGGCUGCAGGGGAGGUCCUGGCGGAGGCCCUCCCCGCCCCGCCAGGCGGGCGGGGCGUAUGGGGGGUUUGGGGGAGGCGGGCAGCGGAGAGCGGACGGGGGAGGGUAUGGGCGGGACGAGGGGGAGGAUAGUAUGGAUGGGGAGGUGGGGAGUGUAGGCGGGGGCGGGGGAGGGGGCGGGGGAGGGGGCGGGGCGGAGCAGGGGAAGCUGGGCGCGAGCAAUCUCGCGGCGCUGGCUGCAGCGAAGCUUCCUGCGUCGCUGCUGGCACAGCUGGGCCCGUCGGGCGUGGCGCAGCUGGCGUCACUGCUGACGUCAGUGUCAGGUCAGGGUGGGCUGACCCCUGCCGUGCUGCUCUCUCAUAUCCAGCAAAUUCAACGUCAGAAGCAGCAACAGCAGCAGCAGCAGCAACAGGCGCCGUUGCAGCACCAAGAGCAGAAAGAGGAGGAACUGGAGGAGGAAGAGGAGGACGAGGAAGACCACUUGCAGCAGCAGGGGCAUGGGCAGGGAGGGGGUGCGAUGGAGGGCGAGGGGGCAGUGAGCGAGAUAGUCCCUGGGGUGGUGAAGGGUUCAGUACAGGAGCAGCUGGUGAAUGCCGCAGUGGCUAAGGGGCUGGCUGCGGGGCUGUCGAGGGACCAGAUCGUGUCGUCCAUUGCCGCCCUGCUCGCGCAGCAGCAGGCCAUGCGCAACUCCUCCUCCGCUACAGACAAAGCCGGUGAUGCGCACGGCGGGGCGGCGCCGCAUGGAGACGGCGGCGCGGGGGGAAUGAGUGCGCCGUCUUUGCUGGUAGCGCCUGGGGCAGCGGGGGCGGGAGGGGCAACAGGUCCAGGGGGAGGAAUGGGGGGAAUGGGGGGGAUGGGGGGCAUGAAUACAGAUGGUCACGAGCCAGAGGGAGCAUGGGAGCAGGGCGGUCCGCCCCAGGCUCCCCCUUCUCUCCACCCGCCCCUCUUCCACAUGCCACAGUCGCUACCUCCCCUGGGUGGCACUCGGCCAGGGGGGUACGGAGGGGCGGGGGGCCUGGCGGGGAGGAAGCGGGCAGCGCCGGAGGACUCAGCAGAGCCGUCGGGGAGUCGGGGGGACGUGGGGGACGGGGGCGCGGACGAUGGCGCGUCCAUGGCGUCUGGCAUGGGCGGGGGGAAGCGCUUGGCGUCCCUUGCUGCUGCUGGCAGUGCGGCUGCUGGUGAGGGUGGCGGGGGGAGUUUCGGGGGAGGUGGUGGAGGGUUAGGUGGGUUGAUGGGUGCGCGGAUGAGUGGGCUUGGUGACGCUGGUAGGGAGGCUUCUGGCGGCUCUCCCUUUUACCAGCACCAGCAGCAACACAACCAGCAGCAGAACCAACAGAUGCCACAGAUGCAGCAGCAGUCACGGGGAGGGUUCAUGGGAGCAGCAGGUGGUGUGGCAGGCGGAGCAGGGACAGGAGGCGGCGGAGGUGGUGGUGGUGGUGGUGGUGGGGGCAGAGGGGGCUCCCCCCCCUCCAGCCUGGGCCCUGAGCGCUCAGGCAACUCCUCCCCUGGUGCUGCAGGCGCGGGCAUGAUGGGGGGCGCGGGGGAUGGCGCAGGGGGAGGCGGAGGUGGAUUGGGGGGGCUGUCAGGGUCAGCAGACGCAGCAGGCUUGGGAGCAGGGAGCAUGGCGGAUAACGCAGGGGGAGCGGGCGCGAGGGGCGGGGCAUUAGGGGGAGGGGGAGGGGGAGGGGGAGGGGGAGGGGGAGGAGGAGGAGGCGGAGGCGCGGGGGGAGAGGAGAGCUUGAGAGUGAAGUGCUUUGUGGAAGGGUCACCGUUUGGUGUGUCGGUGGAUUUGAGUCGGUUCCAGUCGACGCAGGAGCUGAGGGAGGCGCUGCUGUCAGUCACAGAGGGGUCGUCUGUGGUGUACCAGGACCGUGAGGGGGAUAUGAUUCUGCUGGGUGACGAGUCAUGGGAGUUCUUUCUCAAGUCGGUGCGACGCAUGUACAUCCGCCGGUGA